AUGAGCCUCCCCUGGGCAGAGCGCGCCCGGGAGCCGCCCGCGCCGCCGGAGCCGCCGCCGCCGGGCUCGGAGCAGAGCGGGUGCGGCGGCUUCGCGCCGGGCUCGUGGCUCGGCGUGUGCUGCGCCGCCCGCCUGCCCGCCGCCGCCUCGCCGCGCUACCUGCUGCCCGGCGAGGACGAGGAGGUGAGCGGCGUGCAGAAGCAGCGGCGGCUGGCGGCCAACGCGCGGGAGCGGCGGCGGAUGCACGGGCUGAACCACGCCUUCGACCAGCUGCGCAAUGUCAUCCCCUCCUUCAACAACGACAAGAAGCUCUCCAAGUACGAGACGCUGCAAAUGGCGCAGAUCUACAUCAGCGCCCUGGCCGAGCUGCUGCACGGCCCCGCCGCCCCUCCCGACGCCCCCGGCAAGGCCGAGCACCGCGGGGCCCCCUUCGAGCCGCCCUGCGCCGCCGCCGGGGCCGGAGCUCCGCCGGGGCAGCCGGCGCCGCCGCCGGGGCCGGCCAGAGCGUCGCCCCCCGGGCACGGCAGGACUCGCUUCCCCCCGCCGCCGGCCGCGGGGGGCUACUCGGUGCAGCUCGACCCGCUGCACUUCUCCUCCUUUGCGGAGAGCGCCCUGAUGGGACAGAGAGCCCCUUCCCCCGCCCUCCUCAUGCCGCAGCCCGGGCAGCCGCCGCAGGAGAGGAGCAAGACGUCGCCCCGGUCCCACAGGAGCGACGGGGAGUUCUCGCCCCGCUCCCACUACAGCGAUUCCGAUGAGGCCAGCUAA